UCCAUACACUCCACAUGAGGAGUUGACAACAAAAACAACUUUACUGGACGGUGGCAUAGCCACCAGAAUUUCACCUAACACAACACAAAAAUGUGCCAAUUUUCCUUCCUAACACCUUAACCCUGGUCCCAAUAGCCCAUCUUGUCUACCUCAGCAUCUUGAAAUUAAUUCAUCUUUUAAAUCUUGAACCAAGAACUCAUUGCUUUGCACUUUGUUUUUUAGGUUUGUGGAAUCCAUGACCAAGGCUAGUAGAAUCUGCCAUCUCUUGUUAAGGUUCUUGGCUUUUUCAGCCACCCUUUCAGCAGUAAUUGUCAUGGUUUCUAGCCAUGAAAAAGCUACUUUCUUUACUGUUUCCUUUGAAGCAAAAUACACCAACUCUCCAUCCUUCAAGUACUUUGUGAUUGCAAACUCUGUUGUUACUGUCUACGGAUUUUUCAUACUCUUUCUUCCGGCAGAAAGCUUGCUCUGGCGACUCGUGGUCGCCACGGAUAUGGUGUUGACCAUGUUACUCAUCUCAAGCAUAUCUGCAGCGUUGGCUAUAGCUCAAGUGGCAAAGCAAGGAAACAAUUAUGCAGCUUGGUUACCAAUAUGUAAUUCAGUCCCCAAAUUUUGCAAUCAUACGACUGGAGCUUUAAUUGCGAGUUUCAUCGGAGUAAUUAUAUACAUGAUUCUUCUGUUGCAUUCCAUUCAUAGGGUCCUUGACCCUCUCCUCUUGAGAAAAACUUGAGCAGGCCUUUAGAAUUUCAAGUUUCAUACAAAUCAAAUAUUAAAAUUUGUCCUUGUUUUUCUUUGUUACAUCAAAAUUUGUUGUUUGGUUCAAGUAUUUGAAUUAUUUUUAUUUUCAAUUUUUUUUGUUUAGACAGUAAUGCAAUUCUCUUGUUUUAUUAAAUGCUGAUACAAUCAUACCUAUAUAUUGCAAUAGUGAAUUUUUCUGGUUUAAAAUUGGAAAGCCACCUUGUUGCAUCCGAGCACAAGUUCUUGAAGAAGAACCAAUUAGAUCCUAUCUGUUGAUAUUCAUAGAAUUCCCUGCAACCAAACCGAUAAAUGAAUUUCCAAUUUCAAAUAAGAAUUUCAUUUUCAUUAACCAACAACAACCGUUCGAAACAUGAAACCAACAA